UCUUUCCCUUUCUCUUUAGCUUAUGUUUGGUUGCCGAGAAAACAGAGUAAUACCCUUGUUAAAAUCCAAGUUGUAAGCUUUUAUUCUUACAUUUUCUCAGCCUCCAAACAGAUAGUAGUAAAGAGAUUUUUGAACAAAAUAGAGAGUUUGGUUGAAAUGGGUAGUAAGAAAAGAAGUUUCAGCUCUUUAGAGGAGGAAGUAGAGAGUCAAAAGGAUACUGUUGUUGUGAAUCCUUUGGAGAAGAAAAAAAUGAAGAAGGAUAAGAAAGUCGAUGGGGCUUUGUCCGUUAAUCCCAUGGAGAGAAGGAAGAAGAGGAAGGCAUUGGCCAAAGAGAGGCGGCAUGCUGCAGUUUCUGAACGUGAGAAAAAGCCCAAAGAAAUUGAUGUAGAGUCGGUAGAGAGUGAAGAUCAGGCACCUGUGGUGUCUUCAUCGAGUGGUGGUUUGCCCGAGUUUCAUAUUGAUGUUUUUAUGGACUUGGCGUCGGCAGAUGGUAAAGUAAGGGAAGCAGCUGUGGAAGCAAUGGUUAGAGAGUUGCAGGAAGUUCAGGAGGCCUAUGAGAAGAUUGAGAAUAAGGAUUUGGUCGAGGGUGGAUUGAAAUUGGAAGCUGAAAAGGAUGAUGGCUUGAAAAAUUGUGCACCUUCUUUGAGGUAUGCACUGCGCAGGCUUAUUCGUGGAGUUUCUUCGUCAAGAGAGUGUGCAAGACAAGGGUUUGCAUUAGGUCUGACUAUUUUAGUUGGUACGAUACAUAGCAUUAAACUGGACUCGUUGCUGAAACUGAUAGUUGAUUUGUUAGACGUGUCAUCAUCAAUGAAGGGUCAGGAAGUGAAGGACUGUCUUUUGGGUCGCUUAUUUGCUUAUGGUGCUCUUGCCCGAUCUAAAAGACUAACUGAAGAGUUGAUUUCUGAUAGAAAUACUCCAUACAUCAAGCAAUUCACGAGUACUCUUAUCUCCCUUGCAAUGAAGAAGCGAUACUUGCAAGAACCUGCAGUUUCAGUUCUUUCAGACUUGAUUGAAAUGUUGCCCACUGAGCCAUUAUUGAAUCAUGUUCUUGAAGCUCCAGAACUGCAUGAAUGGUUCAAAGGAUCCAUUGAACUAGGAAAUCCAGAUGCAUUGCUUCUAGCUUUGAAACUUCGAGAAAAGAUUUCUGUUGACAGCCCAAUAUUCAGCAAGCUUUUGCCCAAUCCAUUUAGCCCCAGCAAACUUUUUACCGCAAAUCAUCUGUCCUCUCUUACUACUUGCCUGAAGGAAUCCACAUUUUGUCAGCCUCGAGUUCACAGUUUGUGGCCUGUUCUCUUAAAUAUUCUUUUACCUGAGAUGGUUUUGCAAGCCGAAGAUGCAGUGUCAGUUUCAAAUUCAUUAAAGAAACACAAGAAGAGUCGCAAGAGUAGCUCUUCUGAAGAAGAAACUGUGAAGAACUUUCAGUGCUUCUGUGAAGUUAUUAUUGAAGGAUCCCUUCUCGCAUCGUCUCAUGACCGUAAACACCUAGCAUUUGAUGUUCUGCUUCUUUGUCUUCCAAGGUUACCUGCUGCUUUUGUCCCGAUUUUUCUGUCGUACAAACUUGUCCAGUGUUUGAUGGAUGUACUUUCCACAAAGGACUCUUGGCUGUAUAAAGUUGGACAAUAUUUUCUUCAACAGUUGUCAGAUUGGGUUAGAGAUGAUGAUCUCAGAAGAGUUUCUGUUAUUAUUGGCCUACAGAAACACAGCAAUGGAAAAUUUGAUUGCAUAACGCGAACAAAAACUGUUAAAGAUUUGAUGGCGGGGUUCAAAACGGAAUCUGGUUGCAUGCUAUUUAUUCAGAAUCUUACGGACUUGUUUGUGGAUGAAAGUAAUGCUUUGGAGGAACCCUCAGAUCAGAGUCAAACAACAGAUGACAAUUCAGAGAUAGGUUCGAUUGAGGACAAGGAUUUGGUCGGGAUGGUAGGAAAUUCUGAUUUUUUGAGAACUUGGGUUGUAGAAUCCCUCCCCAGUAUUUUGAAAUAUUUGAAGUUGGAUCUUGAAGCAAAGUUUAGGGUGCAGAAGGAAAUUUUGAAAUUUCUAGCUGUUCAGGGUUUGUUCACUUCAUCUCUUGGCACUGAAGUGACAUCUUUUGAAUUACAAGAGAAGUUUAGAUGGCCAAAAGCAGCCACAUCGAGUGCUCUUUGCAGGAUGUGUAUUGAGCAGCUCCAGUUGUUGUUGGCAAAUGCUCAAAAAGGAGAGGGGCCACAUGUCUUGUCCAAUGGUCUUGAGCCAAACGAUCUUGGGUCAUACUUCAUGCGGUUCCUUAGCACAUUGCGCAACAUUCCUUCAGUUUCCCUCUUCCGAAAUUUGAGUGAUAAGGACAAAGACACAUUUGAAAAAUUGGAAGCAACGGAGAAUAGGCUUUCUAUAGAGGAAAGGAAUUGUGGGCUUAGUGCUGAUGCAAAUAAAUUGCAUGCAUUGAGGUACUUGCUCAUCCAGUUGCUUCUGCAAAUGCUCCUUCAGCCAGGGGAAUUCUCAGAAGCUGCCUCUGAACUUAUUAUCUGUUGUAAGAAAGCUUUUGCUGCUUCUGACCUUCUUCCAUCCUUUGGAGAAGACGAGAUGGAUGGUGAAGUAACGCCUGAGUUGAUGGAUGUUCUUGUGGAUACAUUGCUGUCAUUGUUGCCGCAGUCAUCAACUCCUAUGCGGACUUCUAUUGAGCAGGUUUUUAGAUACUUCUGUGCCGAUACAACGGACGAUGGGCUGCUACGAAUGUUGCGGGUCAUUAAGAAAACUUUCAAACCAGCUAGACAUCAGGAUGCAAAGAGUGAAGAUGAUGAUAGUGAUGAUGAAAACUUUAUUGGUAUUGAAGAAGAUGAUGAAAUUGAUGAAGCUAAGACAGGUAAAACAGGUGAGAGUGAUGAGCAGACAGAUGAUUCUGAGGCUAUAGUUGGUGCUGGGGAAGUUGGCGAAAGAGUUCCUGAAGAAUCCAAUGAUUUUGAUGGAGAAAGUGAUGAUGAUGCAAUCUCUGAUGAUUCUAAUGGAGGAUCUGAUGACAACACUAUGUUUGGUAAAGUUGGCAAAGAAGCUCCUGAAGCUUCUGAUGAGUCUGAUGGAGGAAUGGAUGAUGAUGAAAUGUUUCGGAUGGAUACUUAUCUAGCACAGAUUUUCAAAGAGCGAAAGAAUCAGGCUGAGGGUGGAAAUGCUCAUUCGCAGCUUGUUUUGUUCAAACUUCGUGUGCUUUCAUUGCUGGAAAUUUACCUGCACGAAAAUCCAGGUAACCCACAAGUCCUAACGGUGUAUUCAAACCUGGCUCAAGCAUUUGUUAACCCACAUAUUGCGGAAGGUUCUGAACAGCUUGGGCAGCGUAUAUGGGGAAUUUUACAGAAGAAGAUACUCAAAGCAAAAGACUAUCCAAAGGGCGAAGCUGUGCAGCUAUCUACUCUUGAAUCUUUGUUAGAAAAGAACUUGAAGUUGGCUUCAAAACCAUUCAAGAGGAAGAAAUCUGUUGUUAACCCAUCUAAGAAGAAGCAGUCAGCCUCCCGGAACCGACACAAAAUGGUUACUUCUUUUGCUCAAAGUUCAACCUUCUGGAUUCUGAAGAUCAUUGAUGCAGGAAAAUUUUCAGAGUCUAAACUGCAGAGGGUUUUUGAUAUUUUCCGGGCCGUUUUGGUGGGACACUUUGAUAGUAAGAAGUCUCAAAUCAAAUCAGAAUUUUUGAAAGAAAUAUUUCGAAGAAGGCCAUGGAUUGGGCAUCAUCUCUUCGAAUUCCUUUUGGAGAAAUGUUGCAGCACUAAGUCAGAGUUUCGCCGAGUGGAAGCACUAGAUUUGGUUGCUGAGAUAUUGAAAUCUCUGGUUUCCACUGAUGAAAGUGGGCAAGAUGUGUUAAAGAAAAUUGUGAAAAGCCAUCUGCAUAAACUCAGUCAUCUGAUAAAGGAGUUGGUAACAAACAUGCCGGAAAAGCAGUCGAGGCGUGCUGAAGUGCGAAAGUUUUGUGGCAGGGUCUUUCAGAUUGUACCGACCCUUAACUUAACCAGGUCUUUCCUUAAAUCUUUGGACCCUGGUGCUCAUGCCGCUUGUGAAUCUCAGCUUGGUGAGAAUUUUGUUACUUUGAAGAAACUGGAGAGGUAGCAACACAAGAAAAGAUUUGAGUGAAAAGGAUUAAUUUAAGGGAUAUUUGUGUCAACAAUACAUUGCUGAGAAGAUUCUCAGUCUCCCUAUCAAGUGCUGAAAAAGCAGUAAAAGUUCAAACAGCAACCACAUUUUACUACUUUUCAGAUGAAUUUCACAAGAACCUUGUUGCAGGACUCUUAUGGUCACUUCUGGGCUUGCUCUGAGUUAAGCUCCUGUAACCUGGAAGGUUUCAGUUUUCUCCGUGAAAUUUUGAAGUUUUGUCUACAUGUCUAUUGAUUUUGUUUGUCACAAUAUAGGAAGAGUUUGAUCAUAGUCGGGAAAAUUUUCAAUUACGGCUUAUUUGGCUUUAUUUGUUAUUAAAGAAUCCUUGGGACAUAAGCUAUCAACUUUGUGGUAAUCAUAUGACUUUACUUCUCAA